CCUGGCUAAUCAUGUCUUUGCACAUUUCAGGACGUUGAAACCCUUUGAGUAUAAAGCCUUCAAACACAGCGGUUUUUAAACAGGGUUUUGCAGAUUUAAUACAGGAGCCAAGUUUGGCUUGCAAUUAAAAGUAAAAAUAAAAUAAGAGACAGAGUUAAGCGUAGUAGUUAAGGACUGAAAGAGUUUAAGUUGUCCAAAAUGAUGAAUGCUUUCAUAGCCUGCCUUGCUGCUUGUCUGUUGCAUGAGGUGUGCAGUACAUCAACACCUGUGUCUUGGUGCUAUCAUAGGCCUUCAUGUAGUGAUGCCGUUUGGCCCAUAAUCGCAGAGAAAGACUGUGAUGGCACUCAACAGUCUCCGAUAGACAUUGUAACCGCCGAUGUGCAAGCUAAUACUGAUCUGACCGCUUUCACCUUCAUUGGCUACAAUGACCGCGCAACCUUAACUGAGAUUGAAAACACUGGCAGGACAAUUAAAGUUACAUUUGGUGACCAGAAAAUGUAUGUGGAAGGAGGUGAUCUGCCAGGCUUGUUUAACAGCACACAGUUUCAUCUUCACUGGGGUAAUGGCAGUGCCACACCUGGGUCUGAACAUGCUGUGAAUGGCAAACGAUACCCCAUGGAGUUGCAUAUCGUGAAUGAGGCUGGUAACGGCAGUGAUCCAGUAUUGUCAGUUCUUGGGAUCUUCAUUGAGGCCUCUAAUGACACCGGGAAACCAGAGAGCUGGAAGACCUUAACGUCAUAUCUAGCACAAAUUGAAAGUGCAGGUGAUAAAACGCACGUUUCUGACAAGCUCACCAUGGAUGAUCUGCUUCCUGGAGUGGACAGGACUAAGUAUUACCGUUAUCUUGGCUCUUUGACUACACCAAGUUGUGACGAAGGUGUGAUUUGGACCAUCUUUAAAGACUCCGUUAAAGUCAGCCAAGAUUUGAUUGACCUCUUCAGUACGACUGUCUACAUCAACCAGACCACCAACUCCCCCCUAAUGACCAACACAUUCAGGGCUGUUCAGCCCAUCUAUGGCAGGAUUGUGACGUCACAGGUAGCGGGUCCCAAAACUACUGGCCUCAUAAAGCCAACAUCAGGUACCAAAACUACCGGUUUGUAGGAAACCCAACUACUGGCCUUAUAACGCCAACAUUGGUUAUCAAAACUAGUCUUACAAAGCUGACGUCAACCGCAACAAACCCAUCCCUGGCUCUCAGUUUUCCUCUUCUGAGUGCCGUGCUCCUGUACUGCAUCCUACCUUCGUAAGCUGCUUCACAAAAUACUGAGAUUAAGAUGGCUUUAUGUGACUAAAAUAUUCCCUUUAAUGUUAGUUUAAAAAAAAAAAGCAUCAGCAAUGUAAAGUAAUCGCUAAUGUCAAUUUGUAACUGUUGCUAGAUUCCUCAUUCUCCGCUUGUUUCCUGCAUCUGUUUAAUAUGAAACUGCCUUCCAGGUUGUGCACUAAAGGCUUUAUUUGGUUGUAGUGCUGGGUGUUUUAUAGAAAUGUUAGCUGUUUGAUUUGCACAGUUUUGAAUGACAUUUGAGCUGCUUGUGGCUUUUACAUAAAUGCACUUAUUGUAACAAGACUAUAGUGUCCACUUGUGCAGAAGUGGAAUGUUUCUUCUGAAUGAAGGCAACAUGCUGAGGACGGAGGACAUGUCACCGGUUCAACUUUGCUUUUAGAAAAAAAAAUCAUCCGUUCUCUCUUAAAAGUGAAACCGUAUCUAGUGCUUGUAUCUCACUGGGAUUUUUGGCUUGUAGGUUCCACAGGUGUCACUGUAAAGGUGGGGUUGGUUUUAACGAGUCCGCACAAGGUUUGUGUCCUUGUCUGCUUAUGUGAGUUUGACUACUGAGGCAUUUUGACAAAUUCAACCAGUCUCUUUCCCCCUGUUGAAGUGUUUUAAGCUUAAGAAUUCAUUAAAGUUUAUUCAA